CCCGUCCGCUCUUCCCUAGUUAAACAGUUUACCGGCGGAUUAGUAGUCAGGUGGGUGACCACUGGCGAAUCCCCGCUGUCGUAUGUUUUUGGCUUUGAUUUUUUGCUUUCUGACAUGGGUCACGUGGGCGGGUUUAGGCGAGCGUUGGAUCCUCGCGACUACGUGCAUGUCUAUUCCAAUCUAGAACAAGAACUCUGA